GUCUGGGUGUCAUAGAGGAAAAGGUGCGCAACAAGAGUUACUUGGUAAAAAUGGAGAACGGGGCGAAGAGAUGGGUGCAUGUUGAUAAACUGAAGCAGUAUGUACGUGAGAUGCAUUCCAUCAGGGUUAUAUUCAAGGGGGAUGACGACUUCGGCAAAGUUAUGGUUGCUCCAACAACAUUCGGAAAAAUCGAAUCUCCGUCUGGAGGAAAACAGGCAAACCUAGAUUCAUGUUCACAGUUAACCAAGAGGGAAAGGAUAGAGUUAGGGAAUGUCCUAGAGGACUACCAGAAGCUAUUCGAUUCAAGACCGGGGAGAAUAGCUGCCAGAUGCCAUAGCAUUGUCUUAAAGGAAGGAUGGCAACCAAAACGCCUAAUACCAUAUAGGAUACCACUGGCUUUAAAAUCCAAAGUGGACCAGAUAAUUGAUGAAUUACUCGAGGUUGGGUUAAUCAAAAGCAGUUCCUUGGAGUUCGCUCACCCGAUUGUUUGCGUUGCAAAGAAAGAGGGGAAAAUCAGACUCUGUGUAGAUUAUAGACAUUUAAACACAGGAUAUUUAUUUGCUAUAGUGCCUAUGUCAGGGGUCGGCAGUUUGUCAAGUGAGAAGAGCCAAAUUGUCAUGAAAACAGGAUAACAAAAGUACCAGAGAGCCGCAUAUUAAUUUAAAUGUGCGAAAUACAACACACAACAGGGGCACCUCUAGUGGCUGUUUUCGGCAUAACAUUACACGGAUGGACGGACACGCGUUCAAUGGGUUAUAUAUAUAGAUAUGCUUCAAAUGCUACCACUCUUAUGCGACUCAUAUUGAACAAUGCAAGUGUGGUCAUAUGCGGACGGCGUACGAGUCGAACUUUGUUCGGCGGCUCUAUCUCAUAAACUCAUAAGUUAUAAGGCUGCAGUGAAAUGAGGUGAGGUGAAAUUGGAGUUUAUGUCCGAAGAGCCGCUGAUUCCAACCCUUGUCCUAUGUCCCAUCCGACAGAGCUCAUCUAUCAGAUUGCUGUCUCAAUACAUAACCUCGCUAGAUUUAAGUAGAGGAUAUUGACAAGUGCCUCUAGAUGCAAGCUGUCGACACAUGACCGCCUUCAUAACGCACAGGGGGGCAAUUUUCUUGGGAGGUAAUGCCAUUCGGAUUCAGGAACGCAUCUGCCACUUUUCAACGUAUCAUGGACGAAGUUUUAGCCCCUAUAAGGCUUAUGCGA